GUUAAAGAGACUGCAGUAAAACCGGCUGCUCGUCCGCGCGCUGCCUGUGACGGAAACUUUAAUUCAUCUGAAUGAGUUUAUGGUUUUGCGCGCGCCAGUGUGACGGAGUAUGUAAUUGAUACAGGGGAUUAAUCUCACGAGAGCUCGUCUAAGCCACAACCAUCUAUCCAUCUAUCCAUCUAUCUAUCUCUAUCCAUCCAUCAGCUCGGCAGCAGAAGCUCCGCAGCCAGGCUUCAUCUCUCCUCCAUCCAUCUCCUCCGUCAUGGUGGUGUGUGAGUGAGGUAUAGCGGUCCGGUCCGCGGUCUCUCUGGAAACGACGAGGACUAAAACGUCGCACUGCUUCCAGUUCUGUGUUAUGCUCGGCUGUGACACUGACAGUCGACCAGCCGAGGAAACCGGCUCUCUUUCUUUCACAUGGGCGAAGACAAGAAGGGGUUCCGCGCCCAGGCUCCAUACGGAGGACACGGAGGACACGGAGAUAAUACCGGAGCGUCUCUGGACCCGGACAGAGAGAGGAAAUAUGCAGAGCUGUUCAAGCAGCUGGACUUGAAUAAAGAUGGCAGGGUGGACAUCACCGAGCUGAAGACCGGGCUGGCAGCUCGGGGUCUACACCGGGGAGAGGCGGAGGAGAUAGUCCUGGAGAGCGACAUCAACCACGAUGGUUUACUGGAUUUCCAGGAGUUCUCCCAGUACCUGUGGGCUCAUGAGAAGAGGCUGCGGCUCAUAUUCCACAAUCUUGACCGCAACAAUGAUGGUCGAAUUGAUGUCGGGGAGAUCCAGCACUCACUGCGCAAGCUGGGUGUGGAGGUCACCAUGGAGCAGGCCUCCAGGAUACUGCAGAGUAUGGAUAGGGAUGGCACUAUGACGAUCGACUGGAAUGAAUGGCGCGAUCACUUCCUGUUCAACCCUUUCCACAACAUGGAAGAGAUCGUCCACCACUGGAAACACUCCCAUAUGUUUGACAUUGGGGAACAUCUGACGGUACCAGAUGAAUUCUCAGAGCGGGAGCGGCGGUCAGGUCUGGUGUGGAGGCAGCUGGUUGCCGGAGCGAUGGCAGGUGCUGUGUCCCGGACAGGAACUGCUCCUCUGGACCGCCUGAAAGUUUUCCUGCAGGUACACGGCUCUACGUCUCGGGGGAUUAACCUGUGGUCUGGACUGAGGGGGAUGGUAAAGGAGGGAGGCGUCUUCUCACUCUGGAGGGGAAAUGGCAUCAAUGUCCUCAAGAUUGCCCCUGAAUCUGCCAUUAAGUUUAUGGCCUAUGAACAGUUCAAGUGGCUGAUCCGAGGAAGUAAAGAGGGGGGCGGUUUAAGGGUACAAGAGAGGUUCAUUGCUGGCUCUCUGGCAGGAGCUACCGCCCAGACCAUCAUCUACCCCAUGGAGGUGUUGAAGACUCGUCUUACAUUAAGGAAGACAGGACAAUACUCAGGUAUGGCUGAUUGUGCCAGACAGAUCCUGAAGAGGGAGGGACUCCGGGCGUUCUACAGGGGCUACUUACCAAAUACACUGGGCAUCAUCCCCUAUGCUGGCAUUGACUUGGCUGUGUAUGAGACUCUGAAGAACGCCUGGCUCCAGAAGUACUGCGUAAAUACAGCAGAUCCAGGAGUUUUGGUCCUGCUGGGCUGCGGUACCGUCUCCAGCACCUGCGGCCAGCUGGCAUCCUAUCCCCUCGCUCUCAUUCGGACACGUAUGCAGGCACAAGCCAUCAUUGAGGGCAAACCCAAGCUGACCAUGGUGGGCCAGUUCAAAUACAUCAUAUCCCAUGAAGGUGUACCGGGUCUGUAUCGCGGCAUCACACCCAACUUCCUCAAAGUCGUUCCAGCCGUCAGCAUCUCCUACGUGGUGUACGAGCACAUGAAGAAAGUUCUCGGGGUGGGUUACUAGACCGGGACAAAGGAGAGGGAUUCACGUCAAAAAAAGGACAGAUGUAACGUCACAGAUGGUACCGCUGUAUGCUGCACUUCCUGUUAUCUCAGUCAGGUUCAAGCUUGUGUGGCUUGCGGGUAGUUUGCAGGUAGAUCAUUCAUUCAUUUGUGGAAUUCGGAGAAGAGAAUGAGGUAAAUGUUUGGCCUCUGUGAGACCAUUAAUGCCACAUAUACACUAUACAGGAAAUGCAUUUACUCGGCUGAGAAUGUGUGGGUCACCUAACGUUCUGAAGUACUACCUAUGACAGGUCAUGUGACUUCUGAAAUAACCAGGGUAAACAGUAGAAUCACCCUGUCCCAAAGUAAUCUACCAGGAAUGUGUGCUUGCAUUUACCUGAUUGGCCAUAGUGGUGCAUUGCUGGAUGACAUUACAUCGAGUUGCAGCAAAAGUCAGGUCCAACAGUUUGGUUGGACGUCCCUGCUUAUUUUUGCUGGGGCCCUCUGCAUUAUUUUAGGGUGCAUGAUGUUUAACAGUCAAAGCUACAGAAGCAAACCCACAAACUGUCAUCACUUUUUGAUUUAAAAUGUUGUGGCUGAAUCGUUUGCCGCUCAGAAGUACGUGACAUUUUCCAGGACUCCUGUGGAAAGGAGAUUUUAAAUCUCAGUUGGACUGUCCUGGAUAAAUAAAGGUUAAAUAGUAAAUAAUAAUUGACAGAAAAUGUUGAUUUAAUGUGGGAAUCCAUCAUUCAGAGUAGGAAGCUGAGAGAGAAAAUGUGUUUUCAGGGGGUGUUAGGUGAAAGCCUCGGCCACAAACUGGCUGAUUUAGGAAAAAUACCGAUGGCAUUCUUCAUUUGAGAAGUUCUGAGGUUGGUGGGAGCGGCAAGGAGAGCUGCCGCUUUCGUGACAACAGUUAUUGACUGUUCGUCUGAAUUAAUAAUGGAUGAAGAUUUUUCAAACGGCCUCCACGGCUCACCGUGUAACUACGGCAACCGCAGAAAGCAAACUAAGCAAAAUGAGACAGGAGCUAUUUUUUACUGGUUUAGGUUCCCUGAAGUAUACACCAGCAGUGAAAUAUUUAAAAGGUCUUGGAGCAACACCAGCUUCAAUGAGGGAUUUGGGCCAGUAAACAAUGUUUACGAUAUUAGUUAGCUAAAGACUAACUUAUUGUGUAUAGCCUCUACCCUAUUUGAAGCUACAGCCAACUCUGUUUAGCCACGUGAUGAUACUAGAGGUAGUCGACGGCAGGAACAUGGAGGUUGUUGCAAAAGAAAAGAAACAAAAGAAAAAAGUUCCCAUAGCAGCUUCAUAAAGAGUCUGAAAAAGAAACUCUUAGCAAGUCAACUGUGUCGCCUCUUCAGAGAACUUGUCGCGGUGAGAUAAAAUACUUCCUGAAUACGGCCUCAGGUACAUGCACAAUACAUUCCCCUUCUUCCUUUAUACUUUCAUUGAGGUGGUACACUGGAGUUUUCGGCACAGCAGGAGUGAAGCCCACUGUUUACCCUGUAGAAACGCACAAAUAAAGGACAUUUAUAUCUAUGGAAGUUCUUUGACAUUGAUAGAAAGGCAUUUACUCAGCGGACUUUUCUAGAAAAAAAAAAAAAAAAGUGCGGAGGA